CGCGCAUGCGCAAGAAUGCGCGUCGUCGAGCGACUACCGGGCCUCCCUCUGGCGACAGUCGUCCUUGCUCUCGCGAUGAGCGCGUCCGUCAAGAGUUGUUACCUGCGUGGCCUGGAGGCGACUCCGACGAACGUCUAUCUGCCGGACGGCACUCCGACCUCCGUUGGACGCUCGUCGGAAACCGGCGUCGCAGAUGCGAAAUGCUCGCGGCAACAAGUUCGUCUAUGCGCAAACUACGCGGAGGCGGUCGUGACGGUUCAGCAACUCGGCUCACAUGCCUGCGGCUUUAAUGGCUUCAAAACUCAGAAGGGCGUGAGAUUUCUGGCCAGACACGACGAUCGUUUGGAGCUGCUCUACGGCAAGCAUGCCUACGUGAUCGAGUUCAAUCCGCCGCCGAGCGUGGAAAGUUUUGCACCGAGAAAGAGGUCGUACGAGUCAGAAGCGACAGAUAGCGAUAACAAGGCGAAGAUGUUGAAGCUGGACAAUUGCCCUGACAAUCGCUCCGAAGAAUCUGAGAGCGACAGAGCGGAGGGAGAGGGAUCGUCCGAGAAUGGCGUAUGUUCCGAUAAAAAAGCACUCGGCACCGAUUCUAGCACGUCGUCCGAACAGAGUAACGAAACCUCGGGCACAUCUGCUAAGUGGGACAGUUUUGGUCAUGGAAAACUGUUGAUUUAUACUGCGCAGUCCGUUCUAAACCGAGCAAAAGUGGCUGCAUAUGAUAUGGACGGCACUUUAAUAAAACCUAAAUCUGGCUUGGUGUUUCCAAAGGACUGUAACGACUGGCAAUUGUUAUAUCCAGAUAUACCUGGUCAUUUGAAGCAGCUUCAUACGAACGGAUAUAAAAUAGUGAUCUUCACAAACCAGCUGGGCCUUAGCACCGGCAAGGUCAAAGUCGACGAUUUCAAGCGCAAGAUCGAGAGAGUUUUACAGAAAAUCGGCGUCCCCAUUCAAGUUUUUAUCGCUGUUGGAAAGAGCAUUUAUAGAAAGCCAACAAUUGGAAUGUGGGAAUUGCUCGAAAAAGAGAAAAACGGAGGUAUCGCAAUUGACAAGUCUAAUUCGUUCUACGUCGGUGACGCCGCUGGUCGGCCAAAGAACUGGGCCCCCGGAAAAAGGAAAGAUCACUCAAGUGCGGAUCGACUAAUGGCGUUGAAUGUGGACGUUAAAUUUGAGACGCCCGAGGAACACUUUUUAAAAUGCAAAACCGCGCCUUACGACCUACCAAAAUUCAAUCCGAAAAGUCUGCCGCAGACCACGGACAUAUGUAAACCUGCGGACGCUGAACUAACACUAAAACAGCAGGAGAUGAUACUCAUGGUCGGCUGUCCGGGCUCCGGAAAAUCGCAUUUUGCAAAGAAUUAUCUGAAGCAAUACGAGUAUGUCAACAGAGACACUUUACGCAGCUGGCAGAAGUGCAUUGCCGCGGUCCAGCAACACUUGAGUCAAGGAAGAAGCAUAGUUGUAGAUAAUACGAAUCCCGAUCCUGCUUCACGACAUAGAUACAUAGAGGUAGCCAAGAAGAACAACGUCCUGGUCAGAUGCUUCGUCAUGAAGACGAGUAUAGAGCACGCGAAACAUAAUAAUAAGUUUCGUGAGUUGUCUGACCCAAGCCACAUUCCAGUCAACGAGAUAAUUAUACACUCCUACGCGUAA